GCCGUCUGUUGUGUGGCAUGUGCGGUGUGCACGAUUUUGUGUUGAAAUAUUCAAUUAAAUUGAUUUAAAUAACACUUUUAAACUAUUGCAUCAUGAAAGUUGUGUGUAGUAAAAGCAACCCGCCUUUAGGCGGUCUGCUUGCGGUUGAACUCUACAGGUCUUCUGCUGGAAAUGUAGAGAUUGUUUGGAAUGGGGAAUCAUCGAUUACCUUACCCAAUUCAAGCAAAGCUUUGGCAUAUGGCACCAGCAACGACUUAAUAAGAAUACUCGAAAACACGUUUAAUAAAUCAGCCGGUCCAUUACAGAGAGUUACCAUGAAUCACUGGUUAUCUUUUAGCCUUAUCCUUGACGAAGAAAUACCGAAAUCUUUGGAUUACUUAGAAAAAACCCUUGGGCCUCUGACAUACUUAGUUGGGGAAUCAUUAUCUGUUUCUGAUUUGGCUGUCUUCAGUGUGCUUUAUGCUUCCAAUAAGUUUAAGGAAGUAUUAAAAUCAAAUCCUCCAAACAACAUUAUCAGGUGGAUGAAACUUAUCCAAGCCCAACCUUGUGUUGAGAAGGUUUUGAAGGAGUUGCCUGCAGAGAUCCUUCAAAAUGUUGUUAAGACUUCAUCAAGGAGGUCUCCACCAGCAAAUAAGGAAGCAGCGGGUAGUCGGCAACAAGAAGGCAAGUUCAUUGAUCUGCCUCAUGCUGAAAUGGGAAAAGUGGUUGUGCGUUUCCCUCCUGAAGCAUCUGGAUAUUUGCAUAUUGGCCAUGCAAAGGCGGCUCUGUUGAACCAAUAUUACCAACAAGCAUUUGAAGGUAAACUAAUCAUGAGAUUUGAUGAUACCAAUCCGGCUAAAGAAAAUGCUGAUUUUGAAAAGGUUAUUCUAGAAGACGUCAAGAUGUUGGAGAUAAAACCAGACAUGUUCACGCACACAUCCCAGUACUUCGACCUGAUGCUUCAGCUCUGUGAGAAGCUGAUCAAGGAGGGCAAAGCAUUUGUAGAUGACACACCCGCUGAACAGAUGAAAAACGAGAGGGAUCAGAAAUUGGAGAGCAAGAAUAGGAAUAAUUCUGUGGAAAAAAAUCUGCAACUAUGGGAGGAAAUGAAGAAAGGAAGUAACAUUGGUAUACAAAACUGUGUUCGCGCCAAAAUCGAUAUGCAGUCGAUGAACGGUUGUCUCCGUGACCCAACUAUUUACCGUUGUAAACCCGAACCGCAUCCGCGUACUGGAACCGAAUAUAAGGUAUACCCGACAUACGAUUUCGCGUGUCCAAUAGUAGACUCCAUAGAGGGCGUGACGCACGUGCUAAGAACAAUGGAGUAUCAUGACAGAGAUCCACAGUUCUAUUGGUUUAUAGAUGCUCUCGGCCUGAGGAAACCUUAUAUUUGGGAAUACAGCAGAUUGAGCAUGACAAAUACAGUUUUAUCAAAGAGAAAAUUAACAUGGUUCGUCGAGCAGGGACUCGUUGAUGGAUGGGACGAUCCCCGCAUGCCAACAGUACGCGGCGUGUUACGUCGCGGCAUGACAGUGGAAGGCUUGAGGCAGUUCAUUCAAGCGCAGGGCUCAAGCCGCUCAGUCGUGUUCAUGGAGUGGGAUAAGAUAUGGGCAAUUAAUAAAAAGGUGAUAGAUCCAAUAGCCCCUCGCUACACAGCACUAGAAGCAGACCCAGUAGUGGUCAACCUCAAAGGAGUAUCCGACUCCACCUUGACCGUGGCCCUUCACCCCAAGAACCCAGAUAUAGGCUCCAAAACAGUUUGGGUCUCGUCUAAAUUGUUGAUAGAUCAAGUGGAUGCGCAAGCGCUGAAAGAGGGAGAGAAUACUACGUUUAUCAAUUAUGGAAAUGUGAUGAUUGAUAAGAUUCAUAAAUCUGCCGAUGGCAAAGUCACCAGUGUGGAUGGAACACCAAACCUCGACAACAAGGAUUACAAGAAAACGCUAAAGAUCACGUGGUUAGCGGACUCGCAGAAAUCGCCCCGUGUAGAAGUGUACUGUGUGUACUUCGACCAUAUUAUAUCCAAACCACUGUUAGGAAAGGAUGAGGACUUUAAGCAGUUUAUUGGACAUCAGACUAGGUGGGAAAUCCCCAUGAUAGGCGAACCAGAAUUAGCCAAACUAAAAGUGGGAGACAUAAUACAACUGCAACGCCGCGGUUUCUUCCGUGUUGAUGUGGCCCCAUCACCUCCAUCACCACAUACUGGUAAAGCGACCCCGCUUGUGCUGUUCCAUGUACCCGAUGGACAUACUAAGGAAAUGCCGGGACAGCCUAAAUCAGUGCAAACAGUACAAGCGAAACAACCAGCCCCCGCCCCCGCUGCGGCAGACGCGUCGCAGUUGAACGAACAAAUCGUCAAACAAGGGGAUACGGUGAGAGCCCUCAAGGGUGCAAAGGCUGAGAAAGCUAAGGUCGAUGAAGCUGUUAAAGCACUGCUAGAGCUUAAAGCGAAGUACAAAGCGGCUACUGGACAGGAUUGGAAACCAGGUGCAACACCACCAGUUAAAACUGAACCCAAACCAUCAUCUGGUGGUGAUGCUGCUUCCCUUAACCAGGAUAUCAUAAAGCAAGGCGACCUGGUCCGUACUCUGAAAUCUGAUAAAGCCGAUAAAGCGAAGGUCAACGAAGCAGUUGCAGUACUGCUGGAUUUGAAAGCCAAAUACAAGGCUGCUACUGGACAGGACUGGAAACCCGGCGCAUCAGUGCCAGAAGCGAAACCCUCAAGCCCUGCAGCGGGAGACGCAUCUGCCAUUAACCAGGAGAUCAGCAAACAGGGGGACUUGGUUCGCUCGUUGAAGGCGGCUAAAGCUGACAAGGCGAAGGUCGAUGAAGCUGUGAAGGUGCUUUUGGAUUUGAAAGCCAAGUAUAAGGCAGCUACCGGACAGGAUUGGAAACCCGGUGCAACAGUGCCAGAAUCGAAACCCUCAAGCCCUCCAGCAGGCGACGCAUCUGCCAUCGACCAGGAGAUCAGCAAGCAGGGGGACUUGGUUCGCUCGCUAAAGGCGGCUAAAGCUGAGAAAGCGAAGGUCGAUGAAGCUGUGAAGAUCCUUUUGGAUUUGAAAGCCAAGUAUAAGGCGGCUACUGGACAGGAUUGGAAACCAGGAGCAGCUCCAUCGCCAGUAAAGACUAAUAGCGGACCAGAUGUCAACGAAAUAUUAGUCAAAAUCACUGCGCAAGGCGAUAAAGUGCGCAAAUUGAAAGCUGAAAAGGCAGACAAGGGUACUUUGGAUGUUGAGGUUAAAAAUUUACUGAACUUGAAAGCCCAGUAUAAAUCAAUUACUGGUAAGGAUUGGACUCCGGCUGCUGCUGCUCCGGCUCCUGCUUCUGUAAAAGCAGAGGCUACUGAAAAGCCAGCAGCAAUGAACGGUGCAAACGAGGCUUUGGCGGCCGAAGUCGCGAAACAAGGUGAAGUGGUGCGAGAUCUUAAAGCAAAGAAAGCGGAUAAGGCGGCAAUAGACGCCGAAGUAAAGAAGCUUCUAGAACUCAAAGCCAAGUACCAACAAGAGACGGGGGUUGCGUACGUAGCGCCGCCCGCUAGAGAGAGUAAACCUAAAGAGAAGAAGAAAGAAGUGAAAGAAGUAAAGAAGGAGAAGAGUAAAGAACCGAGCCCCAAGCCCAGUAAAGAGGAAUCAUCGAGCGGUGUAAAGAAAAUAACUCGGCUCGGACUCGAGGCGUCCAAAGAAACUGAACUGUCAGAUUGGUACCAGCAAGUUAUUACUAAAGCGGAGAUGAUAGACUACUACGACAUAUCAGGAUGUUAUAUUCUCCGUCCAUGGUCGUACAGUAUUUGGGAGAUCAUUCGAGAAUUCAUUAGCUCUAACAUUAAGAAAAUGGGAGUCAAGGAUGUCUAUUUCCCCAUCUUUGUGUCCAAGGCAGCGCUAGAACGCGAAAAGGACCACAUCGCGGACUUCGCCCCCGAGGUCGCUUGGGUGACGCACUCGGGCUCCAGCGAGCUCGCCGAGCACAUCGCCAUCCGACCCACCUCCGAGACCGUCAUGUACCCCGCGUACGCGAAGUGGAUUCAGAGCCAUCGUGACCUACCGCUUAAGUUGAACCAGUGGAAUAACGUUGUGCGAUGGGAGUUCAAACAGCCGCAACCGUUCCUCCGCACUCGUGAGUUCCUCUGGCAGGAGGGACACACCGCCUUCCGCGAUGAGAAUGACGCUCACGAGGAAGUUCUGCAAAUUCUUGACUUAUACGCGCGAGUAUACGAAGAAUAUCUCGCGAUUCCCGUAAUAAGGGGCAGAAAGACUGAGAAGGAGAAGUUCGCGGGAGGUGACUACACAACCACCGUAGAAGCUUAUAUCGGUGCUAGCGGACGUGCUAUUCAGGGAGCAACCAGUCAUCAUCUAGGACAGAACUUCUCAAAGAUGUUCGACAUCGUGUACGACGACCCCGACACGCAAGAGAAGAAGUUCGUUUACCAGAACUCGUGGGGUAUCACCACUAGGACUAUUGGUGUAAUGGUCCUCGUACACGGCGACAACCGUGGCCUAGUUCUUCCACCUCGCGUAGCCGAGAUCCAGGCCAUAGUAGUUCCGUGUGGUAUCACAGCAUCCAGCACUGCUGAUGAGAGAAAACAUCUCAUGGACUCGUGUAAGGACCUGGUGGAGGAACUGAAGGCAGCUGGUAUCAGAGCAGAUGGCGAUUAUAGGGAGAAUUACUCGCCAGGAUGGAAGUUUAACCAUUGGGAGUUGAAGGGUGUACCAAUCCGUGUGGAAUUGGGACCAAAGGAUAUUUCCCGUGGAGAGAUUGUCGCCGUAAUCCGACUCACAGGCGAGAAGCGCACGCUCAAACGUGACUCCGCGCCCAAGGAAUUGGUGACCACACUCGAAAAGAUACACGAGGAUAUGUUGAAUAAGGCCAUAAAGGAAAGAGACGAGAGAUUGUCAUCAGUCACGAAAUGGGAAGACUUCACGAGUGCCUUGGAAAAGAAGCAUAUCUUGUUAGCACCUUUCUGUGGGGAAAUUCCUUGCGAGGACAACAUUAAGAAUGACAGUGCCAGAAAUGAGGAUGACCAAACAACAGAGGUGAAGGCUCCAUCGAUGGGUGCCAAGUCCUUGUGUAUCCCGUUCAAUCAGCCCCGCUCUCUCACAGCAAGUGACAAGUGCAUCCACCCAGCUUGCAAGAACAAGCCCAAAUUCAUUACGCUAUUCGGCAGGAGUUAUUAACAAAACUUGUAUAAGUGUUUUAUAAAUUUUAUUUAAAAAUAAAUCAUUGAAUAUUG